AUGACACUAGUCAGAAUGGACGUCCUUAGAAUUGGUUUACAACUAUUUUUCAUUAUUAGCUUUUCGUCUGUUCUGGGAAAAGCUCGACAAAAUAAAAUGAACAACUUUAAAGUGUUAGUGACUAAUCCUACAGUGCCAGAUUCUGGAAUAACUCUACUAAACGACAAUGGGUGUAAUGUCAUACAGCUUCAGACAGAAAGUAGAGAAAAUAUUUUAAAAAAUGCUAGAGGAGUGGAUGCUUUGUUUUGGGCGUCUGGCGUUAAACUGGAUUCAGAAGUUUUAGAUGCAGCAGGACCACAAUUAAAGGCAAUUGGGCUUAUGUCAGCUGGUUAUAAUCAUGUGGACGUAGCAGAACUUAGGAAACGCGGAAUCCGUAUGGGAAACACACCGAAAGUGCUUAACGAUGCCGUAGCCGAUAUUGCUAUACUUUUAACUUUGGCAGCGUCAAGGCGUCUCCAUGAAGCUAGAUUAAGCAUAGAAAACAAUAAAUGGAUAACAAACGAUUUUGCAUGGAUGUGCGGUCAAGAUAUUACGAAUUCGACAGUUGGCAUUAUCGGAUUUGGUCAAAUUGGACAAACAGUUGCAAGAAGGUUAAAAGGUUUUGAUAUUCAACAGCUGUUGUAUACGGGCCAUAAAGAAAAGAAAGAAGGAAUCGAAUUGGGAGCUAAAUUUGUAUCGCUAAAUACACUUCUCGAAGACAGUGACUUCGUUAUAGUCAUCGUACCUUUAACAACAGAAACACACCAUAUGUGCAACGAAGAAUUUUUUUCAAAAAUGAAGAAGACUGCAGUAUUUAUUAAUAUUAGUAGAGGGGAAGUAGUUGACCAACCAGCAUUAAUAAAUGCUCUUAAGAGGCAUACUAUUUUUGCUGCUGGUCUAGAUGUUAUGACUCCUGAACCAUUACCAUCAAACCAUGAGCUACUAACGUUGCCAAAUGUCGUUUUGAUGCCGCAUUUGGGGAGUGCUACAAACGAAACCAGACAAUCGAUGUCUACUUUAACAGCCCAAAAUAUUUUAAGAGGUCUUGCAGGAGAAGAAAUGUUAACACCUGUGGUAUAA